GAGCUAUCGACGGGCUGAUGGGACCGAGCGGAGGAGGGUUGUCCCUCUUAGCGAUUGAGGCACUGAAAUGCUGAUGGACCCCAUCUGUGGGGAUGUCAUCGUCUGGUACCCUGCUUCCAAUGCGGGAUUAUUUCCGAUCUGAUGUCUUCCAUGGUCGGGGUUCAGUGCCCCUCAAGAACGAGAUCAUCCGUUUUCCAGAAUCCCACCGCCGAAUCCCACAUGGUCGCCUAAUACCCCCACCCUUUCCGGCACAAUUCAUUUUCAUCGCAUAUAUUUUCCUUAUUCAUUUAUGGCGUUCUCGGCGAUAUAUCCUCACCUCUCCUACCUACGGCAUCAGCCCGCUCGAGCCACCUCCCGGUCUCGCGAACACGGCUUGUCAGCACAACGACAAUCCUCCCGUUCCCUUUCCUCCCUUUCCCGCACCCGCACUGCUCCCUUCCACACGAUAUCUCAUGGACUCUUCUGACUGAACGCCUUCUCUCGCCGGUGGCCUCUCCGGCGUUUCUGCUAUCGGGGUGCCUCUCGGCCGGUUCCUGGGCGCCUGUUCCAUCCCCUUUGUCCAUGUCUCACUACAUGUGCGGCGCGUGUUUUCCCUUCCGUUAAUCCGGCUGCGACUCAUG